AUGGCCACGCCGAAGUUUAUUGACUGCCCCGACACCGCUGUCGAUACAGCCGUAAAAGGUCUGUGUGUGGCAAACCCAAACCUGCGCGUUAUUGAAAAUACGCAUGUAGUGGUGAACACUGAACUUGACCCGACCAAAGUUCUCGUCAUGUGUGGAGGUGGCUCUGGGCACGAGCCGGCCCAUGUGGGUUUUGUUGCAGGCGGCUGGCUGAGUGCUGCUGUGUGUGGGGGUGUCUUCGCAUCACCGCCCUCCGCUCACGUCAGCGCUGCUAUCAACUACUUGUGCGAGAGACAGGGCCCCAAUGGUCCCGGCAUUCUGGUUGUUGUGAAAAAUUACUUGGGUGACAUCCUGAACUUUGAGUUUGCCGUGAAGGAGAUGAAGGAGAGGGGAGCGCGUAUUGAAACAAUCCUUGUUGCCGAUGACGUAUGCUUUGGCGUGCAUGAUGUCAGUCGACGGCGCGGUAUUGCUGGUGCGGAACUCUUAAUUAAACUUGUUUGCGCUGCUGCACAGAAAGGUGCAAGCCUCUCUGAGGUGAAGGAAAUGGCUAGUAGGAUAUCUACUGGGCUUCGUUCGCUUGGUGCCACGCUUUCUUCGUGUUCACUCCCUGGGUCCAAGCCAAUUACAACUGUGCGUGAGGGUCACGUGGCCGUCGGGCUUGGUAUACAUGGGGAAAAGUGUCUCUAUGAAAUACCAUUCGAAGGAGCGGAACCGCUCGUACGUCACCUGAUGAAAAUCAUACUGGCAGGUGGGGAGAAGGAGAAUUCUACUGAAGACAGUGUUGAGUGGAAAGGCUCAAAGGUUGCUCUCAUGGUUAAUAACAUGGGCAGCGCCACGGAUCUUGAAAUGGGGACAGUUACCCUCCAUGCCUUGCAGUACCUCCAUCAGGCUGGAAUCGAUGUGGCCGGGGUGUCAAUGGGUCGCUAUAUGACGUCGCUAGAGAUGCAUGGCAUAUCUCUUACAGUGUUGCGGUUUUCCAACCCGGACGACAUCUCUUACUUGUUUUCUAGGGAGCAGGCACCAUUGAUGCCGUUCACUAUCCCAAAUCUCGCAUCCCCACCUAUUCCUGGGCCCCCCUCCGCACUGCAGAUGGCCCAGAAGGAAAAAUGUGGAUUGCAAGGCGACAGUGUCGUACGACGAGUUGUUGAGAAAAUCUUCCAGAAGAUCGAGAGCUCUGAGGACUACCUGAAUUCUCUUGAUGCUGCUGUGGGCGAUGGAGACCUUGGUAGUGGGAUGAGGCGCGCUUCUACUGCUUCCUUGGAGAUGCUACCCCACCUUCCCUGGGAAAAGAACCUCAUCAAGACAUUGACGCUGCUCGCAAAGUCUGUGGCGGAUGCUUGUGGUGGAACCUCCGGUCCUCUCUACGGUGCCUUCCUCCUCGGAGCCGGCGCUUCGGCUGCCGAGGCUAUGAGUGGAGCUAAUAACACCGCAGUGGAUCUCAUCAGGGCAGCUCUGAAAGGUGGCAGCGCCGAGGUUCAGCGCAUUGGACGUGCCAAAAGAGGGGAGCGUACGAUGGUCGACGUUCUUGAAGCAAUAAACUCGUGCCCACAGGUGCAGGCCGCCACUUCUGUUGAAGCACUCUUACGUGAAUGCGUCAAGGCAGCGAAGAGCGGCGCCGAGGCAGCCAAGCACAUGCCGGCAAAGCAUGGCCGCAGCCGUUACAUGGAAGGAAAAGAGGUGGGCCACCCGGACCCUGGCGCUGAGCUCACUGCGCUCUGUGUGGAAACCGCAGCAAACGCUUUUCUUUUGAUUGAAAAGUAA